GCGUGGAGGAAAAUUUAGAACCGCUACUGGAAGACACGCUUUGUCCUCUCUUCUGCCCCCUCUCAGCUGCUCGUCAGUCGUCAGCGUUGCCCGAGACAUAUCCACAUUCCACAGCUAGGAUUAGACAAACUCCAAAAAAAACCCCUCACUAAAACCCCCGACUCUCUCUCUCUCUCUCGUACCAUAUGUGACCUUCCCACACCGAAUCAUGCACCCAUCCACGCCCAUUUCAACGACCUCAGCCUUACCAUCUCUCUCCCCACCUCAAAGACCAAAGCUCACCCACGUAAAGAUGACCCAAACCGGGCCUCUGAACGCCCUAAAAAGUACUGGGUUCCUGUCCGCAAUCGGCCGAGCAAUCGAAGACGAAGAGUACAGGAAAGCUCGGGUCGAGGUCAACCGUAAAGGGCUCGGUUUGGGAGGGUAUUCGGUCGAGGGGGUUUCGCUUGGUGGCCACGAGACUUGCGUUAUUGUGCCGGAAUUGAAGGCCGUGUUUGACAUUGGGAGGUGCCUGUCUAGGGCUGUUCAUCAGAAUUUCUUGUUCAUCACCCAUGCUCAUCUUGAUCAUAUUGGUGGGCUCCCAAUGUACAUAGCAACUCGUGCUUUGUACAACUUAAAACCUCCAACGGUGUUUGUGCCUCCUUGCAUUAAAGAGGAUGUGGAGAAGUUACUCGACAUUCACAGGAACAUGAGUCAGGUGGAACUGAACCUUGAAUUGGUGGCAUUAGAUGUAGGAGAAACUUAUGAAAUGCGGAAUGAUCUUGUUGUGCGACCAUUUAAAACUUACCAUGUCAUUCCCAGCCAGGGCUACGUUAUUUACUCGGUCAGAAAAAAGUUGAGGAAGAAGUACAUGCAUUUGAACGGAAAAGAAAUUGAGAAGUUGAAGAAAUCUGGAGUUGAGAUCACAGACACUAUAUUGUGUCCAGAGGUGGCCUUUACUGGAGAUACAAUGUCGGAUUUUUUUCUUGAUCCCCGGAGUGCUGAUGCCUUGAGGGCAAAAGUUCUUAUAACUGAGGCAACGUUCCUGGAUGACGUUUGCAGCAUUGAGCAUGCACGUGAACAUGGCCACACUCAUUUGUUUGAGAUCAUAGAACAUGCUCAAUGGAUUCGAAACAAAGCUUUUUUGCUCACUCAUUUCUCGUCCCGCUAUAAUAUGGAGGACAUUCGCCAGGCAGUGUCGAAAUUGCAACCAAAGGUGACAGCCAAAGUGGUUGCCCUAUCUGAAGGCUUCAAGUCUGUAAACUCAUAGUCACAAUCUUGAGCUCUGUUGUUUGCCUUCUGUAACUUAACUAAUCCGCGUUUUCCGUUUUCCAUUUUCUAUACCUUUUUGGAUCCUGCAAGAUUGUUCAAUGUUUGUAGAGUAAUAGCUAGAAUGUGAGGAUAUUGAGUUUCUGCUAUUAGUUGGUGUAAAUAUUCUCA